UCGAGUCAAAAGGUAUUCUUAAUUCGUCGAGUGAAGUCGAGUCGAACAGUGUCUCGUGAUUAGUUUGUAUCGGUCGAGCAACUGAUAAGGUCUUUGUUAGCAGAGUUAGCGGAUUGUGCUGUGCAGAAAUUUUAAUUCGGAAUCAAAAUUAUUGAUGUGCUAACAAGUGAUUUUUGGCCACUAAAUUGUGCAUUGUCAUUUUUGAAAUAGAAGCAUUCUACAUUUAUGCUAACGAAAAAAAGUGCUAACAUUAUUUGUAAAAUUUGAAGAAAAAAAAUAAAUAAACAAAUAAAAAUGUGUCAAAGUUUUGGAACUCAAAAUAAACAAAUCGAAAUAUAUGUGGAAAACGGUAUGCCAGAAAAAAUUGUGAAAACCGUAAAAAGAAUAAUGGAAAAACGUGAUAUAAACUCGACUAGUUUUGUGUCAGAAUUUGAAACUGAAGAAUCGGCAACAAUUACAACGUCAGCAAUAUCUGAUACAACAAAUGACACCUUAGCAACAAAAGAGUUAACAAAUGAAAAAGAAGCGGAACAUUUCGCAAAUACAACAAAUUCAUCAGAUAUCAAAAGCAAAGGCACAUUGAAAAUACCUGCAAUGUGUGGACGAUUCAAGAAAUUGCAGCAGAAUGCAAACAAACAACAGACAAGUCAACAGGAUGCAGCAGCCACAACAAAGGAUGUCCAUGCCAGCAAUCCAAAACAAUUAAAAGAGAAAGCUGAGAACGAGGUUUACGUGGAUGCUUUAGCAUGGGGCACACAACUGACCAAACAAUUUGUACAGCGUUUGAGUCGCACAGUUCAGGAACUGCAAAACAGUCGUAUUUACAUAUUACUUACACAAACAACACAACCAGCGCACCUUAUAGCUAUAUGCAUACUAUCUUUCGUACUGUUAACAGUUUGGCCCGAUCUGUUCGAUAAUACACCGAUUGGCGCAACUGCUGACGCGGCGGAAGGCAUUGUUGCCGAAUCAGUAGCUUCUCAAAGGAAUGGCAAGCCAUUUGCAGUUAUUGCAUAUCUAGGCGCAUUUGCAACACAUUUUGGUGCACAAAUAUGGAUGACCUUUGUCUCAGGUUUAUCGCUUUAUUUUUCAUUACCGCGUCACACAUUUGGACAGUGUCAGCAAAUAUUGUUUCCAAAAUAUUUUGCAUUGAAUGCGGUACUCAGCAUUGGCAUGCUGAUUAUACAUGUGAAAUUCUUCUCCAAUUGGAACGUAGCUGGUUAUGUUCAGUUGGCAUCCUUAGCUCUAACGGCUGCUAUUGAAGUAGUGGUGCGCCUAUACCUAGCGCCACCAAUGUUGCGUCUUAUGCUUGAAAAAUACAAGAUUGAGGGUGCCAUUGGCAGCGGACAAGAAGUAGGCAGUUUGGUGCAGGGAGAUUUAGUGCAAUGUCCGCACUAUCAGCGCAUACACAAGGCAUUCCGUCGCAUACACAUGACCAUUGCCAUUGGUAAUAUGAUCAUACUGCUAAACACAUGUCUACAUUUGUAUUUCCUAGCUUCGAAAAUACAAAUCAGUUAAGACAAAGCAAAGCAAAUGAAUUUAAGAGAUGUCUACUCCCAUAACAUAUGCAACAUUAACUAUAAGCUGCAGAAACAUCUAAUAUUACAGAAGCUACAACAUUGAUUUUAGUAGAUAAUAUGCGUAUUUAAAACUAUUUAGAUAAGUUCAAGUUAAUCAGAAUUAAUAUUUAUAAAACAUUUAAACAAACAUUUUAUCACAACUAAAUACCAAAAAUUAACUACAUUUUUAGCUUAAGUAAAUUAUUUAAAUAACAAUCAUAGUUCAACAAUUUUCUUGUGCAUUUACAUUUUGGUCCGAUAAGUUCAUCGCGACUGCGGUUCUCAGUUCUCAGUUCUCAGUUCUCAGUUCUUAGUCAUUUCAUAUAACAAAAAUGCAUUUUUGAAACUUUAAAAUUUAAAAUUAUUUUCAAAUUUAAUAACAAAAAUAAAAGAAAAACAAAAUAAAAACCAAUUAAAGAUCAUCUGUGAUAAAACUUUUGUUGUAAACACACGAAGAGGAAAUUAAGACACUUCAAAUCAAUUCCUAGCUAAAUUUACAUCAUCUCAUUAAAAACUUUCAUCUAGAAUAACAAAUUAUUAAACUAAUUUUAAUUUUAAUUUUAAUUUUUUUUUUAAUUUUAUUUAUCAACUUGUUUUGUGUCUAAACCCACCUAAAAAAGUACUAACCUAUUUUUUUGUCUUAAAAACGAAAGCGAAAGUAAAAGUGUAAGACUCUACGAGUAUUUAGGUCAGUCUUUUUGAAAAUGAAAUGUCAAACGAAAUAUUCUUACAAAAUAUUCUUUAGUUAAGUUUAUUGCUUAAUUAUGUAUUAUUAGUUUAAUGCAAUCAAAAAUCUCAUUAUGUA